AUGCGGCCCGAGGAGUUUUACGCGGGUUGCGGAGUUCAGUCUGUAGGCUGGGCGGCUAUUUCACUUUUCCCAUUUCAGCUUUCAUUUUCAAUUGGAUGUUUAGAAGGGUUUGGGAGGCGACUUGCAAAGAGGAAUGAUGAGCAAAUCCAAUGGAUAAGGAAGGAAUUGAGAAACAAUUUUCUAGAGCUACCAUUUGCAGAAAAAGUAGAAGAAGAAAUGGCUCGAAGGGAGAAUCGUACCUUGAGGGAGCUCACUUUUCCCAGUAUUGAUCAACAACCCUUGUGCAUUACAUAUCAACAAGAAGAUGAAGGUGGCACUUUUGAGCUUAAAUCGGGUUUAAUCCAUUUACUACCUUCAUUCCAUGGGUCAAAUGGAGAGGAUCCCAACAAGUUUUUAUCUGAAUUUCAUGUGGUUUGUGGUGGUAUGAGACCGAAUGGAGCAACAGAGGAGAAGGUGAAACUUAGAGCAUUCCCUUUUGCCCUAAAGGAUGCGGUUAAGAAUUCGCUUUAUUACUUACCACCAGGUUGUGUCACCACUUGGGCAGAGAUGAAAAAGAGAUUCCUUGAAAAAUACUUUCCAGCUUCAAAAUCAUCCACUCUAAAGAAAGAAAUUAGCAACAUUGAACAAAAUAGUGAUGAAUCAUUUUAUGAGUAUUGGGAAAGAUUUAAAAGGUUGUGUGCGAGCUGUACCUAUCAUGGGUACCACGAUGAAGAUCUCAUUAUGUAUUUUUACAAUGGGCUUGUCAAUGAUGAUGUAAGAAUGAUAAAUGCAGCUAGUGGAGGUUCCAUUAUCAAUAACACACCGAAAGCUCCAAGGGCAUUGAUUGAAGAACUGGCUGAAGAUUCUAGGCAAUUCAACAAGAGAUCCCACGAUAAAAGAGCAAUUAGAGAAAAUGUUAGCACUGAGUCUAAGGUUGGUAAACUAGAAGAUCAAAUGCAAGCAUUAACAUCAAUGAUGAGAGAUUUCAUAGUUAAGGGAAAAGCACAACAAGUGAAGUCAUGCGGCAUUUUCUCUUUUAAUCAUCCUACAGAUUCUUGCCCUCAGUUACAAGAAGAAGUUAAUGAAGAAGUUAGUGCAAUUGGUUUUCAAAACCAAGGGUUUCAGAAAAGAAAUGAUUCGUUUUCCAAUACAUACAAUCCAAGGUGGAGAGACCAUCUAAAUCUCAAGUAUGGGAAUCCAUCAAGGAAUCAACAAUAA